GACCUCAAGCUAAUGGCUUGGUGCUGACAGCAGUCCAUUUUAUCCAUGCAAUAUUUCUGCUCCGCCCUGAAUCUUGAAACCCUCUUGGACUGCUCACGGACCGGAUGAGGCUUAGAGCUCAGGUGCCUGGCAUGUAAAAUUGAAUGGUUGCUUAUUCCCCCCUACCUUAAAACCUCGCUGGAUGCCAGGCGUCGCUGGUUGAUUGAACCCAUCUAUCCUCUGCACCCACAUUGCAAUCACAGUUAUGGCGACAAAUCCAGCAGAGGUUGCUACCUCAGAGAAGCCUCAGGUGGCAAAGGCAAAGCGGUCCUGGCCACUGUGGAAGAAGCUCAUUGCUUUGGGCGUGACACUUGCAGUCAUCAUCGCUCUGUCUGUUGGACUUGGUGUUGGCCUCACUCGAGGAAAAGGAGGAAACAACAGCGACGAUACUGCUAAUGCAGAGGGCGACGAUUCAACAGAACCCUACCUCAAAGCCCGUAGCAGUCUCUGGCAGCCCAAAGUCGGCGCACAAUGGCAGAUUGUUCUCCUUAAGCCUAUCAAGCUCAACAAGGACGGCUCCGCCAAGGAUCUCAAGCCCAACGUUGGCAUUUACGAUCUGGAUCUCUAUGAUAACGACGCUGAGACCUUUGCAGCCCUACACAAGGCUGGCAAGAAGGUCAUCUGCUACUUCAGCGCCGGAUCAUGGGAGGAUUGGCGCGAUGACAAGAACCAAUUCAAGAAGGCCGAUCUUGGCAAGACUCUCGACGGGUGGCCUGAUGAGAAAUGGCUUAACCUGAGAAGCACCAAUGUUCGCAACAUCAUGAAGAAGCGCAUCAAGCUUGCUGCUCAGAAGGGAUGCGACGCUAUUGAUCCCGACAACGUCGACGGCUAUCAAAAUGAUAAUGGUCUCGGACUGACCAAGAAAGACUCGAUCGACUAUAUCAAGUUCCUCGCUGUAGAGGCCGCAAAAUACAACAUGUCCACUGGUCUUAAGAACGCCGGCGAUAUUAUCUCCUCUGUUCUCCCUUACGUCCAGUUCUCAGUUAAUGAGCAAUGCGUCGAGUACUCUGAAUGCGAGACAUUCGCUAAGUUCAUCAAGGCCAAGAAGCCUGUUUUCAAUAUUGAAUAUCCCAAGGGUGCGCCCAAGGUCAAGGAGUCCGAUCGCAAAGUCAUUUGCUCGAAGAAGGGCAAGGCAAAGGGUACAGAAGGGUUCAGCACCGUUAUCAAGAAGAUGAAUCUCGAUGGUUGGGUCAUGUACUGCACCGGAAAUACCUAUCAGACUGCAGUCGAGAGCUGAUACACCUGAGAAAGUCAAUGGAGGUUACAUCUCAUAAUAGAUAUCAUGAAUACACAAUUUAUGUUUACG